GGGGCUGACCGCCCUCCGGUGCCCGCAGGUCCCACGCAGCAGCAGGUGGAGGGCCGGCUCGGCGAGCUCCUGAAAUGCCGGCAGCCCGCGCCGCCGACCUCGCAGCCCCCGCGGGCGCAGCCCUUCACGCAGCCGCCGGGACCCUGGUCCCUGUCGAGUCCAGGGCCAAGGCUUGUGUUCAAUCGUGUGAAUGGCCGGCGGGCUCCCUCCACGUCCCCAUCCCUCGAGGGGACCCAGGAGACCUACACACUGGCCCACGAGGAGAAUGUCCGCUUUGUGUCCGAAGCCUGGCAGCAGGUGCAGCAGCAGCUGGAUGGUGGCCCAGCCGGUGAGGGCGGGCCGAGGCCUGUGCAGUACGUGGAGAGGACCCCCAAUCCCCGGCUGCAGAACUUCGUGCCCAUUGACCUGGACGAGUGGUGGGCGCAGCAGUUCCUGGCUAGAAUCACCAGCUGUUCCUAGCGGCUGCUGGGAAGAAAUGCUGCUACGGCCGACCUGUCACCAGGAGAGGAACGUGGCGCCCUGCCAGCCCACCCACUGCACCUGGCUGAGUGCCGGCCACACCUGAAGUGCCAGCAUUGGGACUUUUGCACGUGUUUUCCCUUUGGCCUGGCUGUCCCAAGCUGCCAUGGCCAGGGCCUGAACCUGUCUGACCUCAGCCCUGCUCACUGUGCCCAGGAACCAGCGACCAGCCCCUGGGGCUGGCAGGGAGGAGCUCCAGGCUAAUAAAGUUGGGAAACUGCC